AUGGGUAAUCAAAACGACCCAAUUUCCAAAUUUGCAACAACUCUCAGCUUUUCAGGUCCCAACCCCCAAGUGUCUCUGUGCUACUUCUUCCAUCCAGCCCAGCCUCUCAGAUCCAAACGGUUUUCUCAAGAAACGUAUGCUCAUGUUCAACCCCACCUACCUGAAACAAAAAAAAUUUGAAUUUCUUCACGCAACAACAAAAACAGAGCAACGGCAACGAAUCCCUCCUCAAAGGUUUUUUCCUCCGACGAAUGCAGGGAUUGGUGUUGAAUUUGAGCUUGUGAGAGAGCGGAAUUCGGAUUCGUGAAAAAAAAAAAAUUUGUGAAAAUUGGAGAAUUCGGCGACGACGAAGAUGGCGAGGAGCUCGUUGGAGGAGAUGCUGGACUCGCUGCGGCGGAGAGACGAGUCCGAUAAGCCGAAGGACAUGCCGCCGGCAUUGCCGUCUCGGCCGCUGUCGAGAGCUCGGCUUCCGUCGGCUCGCCGCUCUCUGCCGAACAACUUCAAGGUCGGCGACGGCGGCGGCGGCGGCGGCAUGGGAGAGUAUUCGCCGAGGGCGUUGAAUGUGAAGGAGGAAGGGAAGAGGAAAGAGAGCGAUUUCGGGACUAAGAGAGGGAGCUUUGGGAGCAAGAAGAUGAAGAAAGAUCAGAAUGCGGAGUCGCCGUACGCUUUGGAGACCGUUGCGGAGGAGGGAGAGGGUGGUAGGAAUGCCCGAAAGGAGGUUUCGGGUUCGGAUCGUGGCUCCGCCGUGACGUGUGUCUCGCCGCCACCAACGAUGAAGUCGAAGGAAUUGGAUUGGAACGAUAACAUUGGUUAUUUCAUCAAAAAGAAACUUCAUGUUUGGUGUCAGCUCCCAAGUGGGCAGUGGGAGUCAGGAACAAUACAAUCAACUUUAGGGGAUGAAGCACUUGUUUCACUCUUUAAUGGAAAUGUGAUAAAAGUGCUCACAGGAGAACUCAUACCUGCAAACCCAGAUAUAUUGGAUGGUGUAGAGGAUCUUAUACAGCUUAGUUAUUUGAAUGAGCCAUCAGUUCUAUACAAUCUUCGAUACAGAUAUUCUCGGGAUAUGAUUUAUAGUAAAGCCGGUCCAGUUUUAAUUGCAGUUAAUCCCUUCAAAGUUGUACAAAUUUAUGGAAACGAUUUUGUCACAGCUUAUCGACAGAAACUUACAGAUGCCCCUCAUGUUUACGCCAUAGCAGACUCUGCUUAUAAUGAGAUGAUGAGAGAUGAAGUAAAUCAAUCCAUAAUCAUAAGUGGGGAAAGUGGAGCUGGGAAAACUGAGACGGCUAAAAUUGCAAUGCAAUACUUGACUGCUCUUGGUGGUGGCAGUUGUGGGAUAGAGUCUGAAAUACUUCAGACAAAUUAUAUACUGGAAGCAUUUGGGAAUGCAAAAACUUCAAGAAAUGACAACUCUAGCCGAUUUGGGAAGUUGAUUGAGAUUCAUUUUAGUUCACUGGGGAAGAUUUGUGGUGCUAAAAUCCAAACUUUUCUGUUAGAAAAGUCAAGAGUAGUGCAACUGGUCAAUGGCGAGAGGUCAUACCAUGUCUUUUACCAACUUUGUGCUGGUGCUUCAUCAGUUCUUAAAGAGAAACUGAACCUAAGAAUGGCUAGUGAGUACAGGUAUCUUAAUCACAGUGAUUGCUUGGCAAUUCAUGGUGUUGAUGAUGCUCGGAAAUUUCAUAUGCUCAUGGAAGCCCUAGACAUUAUUCAAAUUAGCCAAGAAGAUCAAGAGCACACAUUUAGAAUGCUUGCUGCAGUAUUGUGGCUGGGGAACAUAUCAUUCCAAGUGAUUGACAAUGAAAACCAUGUAGAGGUGUUGGCAGAUGAAGCUAUAACCAAUGCUGCUGGGUUGUUGGGUUGCAGUUCCCAGGAACUGAUGGUAGCUUUAUCUACCCGUAAAAUCCAAGCAGGCAAGGAUAGUAUUGCUAAAAGAUUGACAUUGCAGCAGGCGAUUGAUGCAAGAGAUGCAUUGGCAAAACUUAUAUAUGCAAGCAUGUUUGACUGGCUUGUAGAACAAAUCAAUAAGUCACUUGAAGUGCGCAAACAAUGUACUGGGAGAUCCAUAAGUAUCCUUGAUAUAUAUGGGUUUGAGUCAUUCAAGAGGAAUAGCUUUGAACAAUUUUGCAUAAAUUAUGCAAAUGAGAGGCUGCAACAGCAUUUCAACAGGCAUCUAUUUAAACUUGAGCAGGAGGACUAUGAAUUGGAUGGGGUUGAUUGGACAAAAGUUGAGUUCGAAGACAAUCAGGAGUGCUUAGAUCUCUUUGAGAAGAAACCUUUGGGUCUACUAACUUUGUUAGAUGAGGAAUCAAAUUUCCCUAAGGCCACUGAUUUGACAUUCGCCUCUAAGCUUAAGCAGCACCUAAAUUCUAAUUCUUGCUUUAAAGGAGAACGAGGCAGGGCUUUUAGCAUACGUCACUAUGCUGGCGAGGUUCUGUAUGAUACAAAUGGCUUCCUGGAAAAGAACAGAGACCUGCUGCCCGCUGAUUCCAUCCGACUUCUCUCAUCAUGCAGUUGCCAACCACUACGGUUGUUUUCCUCCAAAAUCCCUGACCAGUCCCAGAAACCAGCAAAGUCGUGUCAGAUUACUGCAUUGGACCCCCCAAAACAGAGUGUUGGUGCAAAGUUUAAGGGCCAACUGUUCAAACUUAUGCAACAGCUUGAGAAUACCACACCUCACUUCAUUCGCUGCAUAAAGCCAAAUAGCAAGCAGCUUCCUGGCAUAUAUGAAGAGGACCUUGUCAUGCAACAGCUCAGGUGUUGUGGAGUUUUGGAGGUUGUUAGGAUCUCAAGAUCUGGAUAUCCUACUAGAAUGGCGCAUCAACAGUUUGCUGGAAGGUAUGGGUUCCUACUUUCAGAGACCAAUGCAUCUCAGGAUCCAUUAAGUAUGUCUGUUGCAGUGCUAAAGCAAUUUAAUGUCCUCCCUGAAAUGUACCAAGUUGGUUAUACCAAAGUGUAUCUCAGAACAGGGCAGAUUGGUGCGCUGGAGAAUAUAAGAAAACAAGCUCUGCAAGGCAUACUUGGUUUUCAGAAAUGCUUCCGUGGUCACCAGGCUCGUCGUUUAUUCCAUGAACUCAAGGAAGGAGUGACAACAUUACAAUCAUUUGUUCGUGGUGAAAAUGCCAGAAGGAAGUAUAAUAUAAUGAUAACGUGUUCCACAUCUAGUGCUCCUGAAACACUUGAUGAAUUGCAUGCGGCUGUGCAUUUACAAUCUGUAAUACGAGGAUGGCUGGUUCGGAGGCAUGUCAAUGGUAUGCGUAAUUUGAGGAAGGUACAUCCUGAGAAAGCAAAAUCCAGACGGAGGUCAAGCAGAAAUAUUUCAGAAGUUAAGGAUAUACCACAAGAGCAGGCUCAGGUUCUGCCUUCAGCUUUGGCAGAGCUUCAAAUGCGGGUUCUCAAAGCAGAAGCUACUUUGCAACAAAAGGAAGAGGAAAACACUGCACUGCGGGAGCAGCUACAACAGUUUGAGACAAGGUGGUCAGAUUAUGAGGAGAAGAUGAAAUCAAUGGAGGAUACGUGGCAAAAGCAGAUGGUGUCUUUGCAAAUGAGUCUGGCUGCUGCCAGGAAGAGCCUAGCUGCUGAAAAUGCCCCAGUUCCACCUCGAAAACGCAAUGCUUCUUCACCGCCUCAGAAUUAUGAGUCUGAGGAUAACAUGUCCAUAGGAUCUCGAACUCCUGGUGAAAGCACACCAAUAAAAUUAUCAGGUACAAUUCAUGAUGUUGGAGCAGGGAACAACACUAAUGGUUCUUUGGAUGUAGUCAGCAACCUGGUUAAGGAAUUUGAGCAGCAGAGACAAACUUUUGAUGAUGAAGCCAAAGCUAUAGUUGAGGUCAAAUCAGGGCAGUCAGCUUCUACUGUAAAUCCAGAUGAUGAACUUCGGAGACUUAAAUUCAGGUUUGAGAUGUGGAAAAAAGAAUACAAAGUUAGGUUACGGGAGACGAAGACAAAGCUUCAUAAACUUGGGCAUCCAGAAGGUCGUCGGAAAUGGUGGGGAAAGAGAAGCUUAAGAGCAUCAUAGUACUCUCAUUUUAGAUCAUCUCUGGUGAAGUAUGGACAGAUGGAGGUAUCUCACAAAAUGAUGUCAAAAUACUGCCUAUUUGCCUUUCCAGGAGCUGUCUUUGUUUGUAUUUACAGCCAAAAUAUGGGUAUUCCCAUGGUGUGAAGCAGUCAAGGAAGAGUGUAUAUGUGCCAAUUUUUGAUACUCGGCAGAUGUGUUCAUAAGCUUGUGCAUAGUCAAAUAGGAAUUUUUUGAGAGACUUCAGCCAGUAAGCCUUUCUUAUUGAGUAGUUUAGUGUAUUUGUGUAUAGUCUAUUGUCAUUGAUGUAAUUUGACAAUAUUUUCUACUUAGAAAUGAAGAUAUGGAAGGAAAGUGUUCAUAUUGCC